GACGCGUACGCCGGCGAGUGCACCGCCGCCUGCGUGAGGAGGCGGGCGGUGCAGCCGGCGGGUGCCAGACACCCGAACAAGAGACCGCCGGCGACCGUCGCCAUGUCGCUCAAGAGGAAAAAGAAGGCCGCCGCUGAGCCCGCGUUGGAGGCGUCCAACAAGCGCUUCAGCACGUACAGCUUCAGCGAGCUGAAGAUCCCGGCCAUGCCGGUGCUGGAAGCCGACUACGAGGCGGAGGUGGAGCAGAAGCUGACGGAAAUGUCGCUGGGCCAGACGGGCCGCACCAUCGACAGCUGCAACUACGUGGGCCGUGCCGAGCUGCUGUGCGAGCGUCUGGAGCCGGUGCCAGAGUUCCGCGUGCCGGCGUCGGCCGCGCCUCGCCCUUUGCUGCCCAAGUCGGCGUCGCUGACGGAGAGCCUGACGUCGGCGCCGGUGCCCAGCGGCUGUACCGGCGCUCGCUGA